AUGAUUUCGCGGCUCUUAGGUCAUAACGGGCUGGAACCGCUUCUGGAGAGAAUAUCUUCGAUAGUAGAUCACCGGUACCACCGCUUGGAACAUUCUCCCUCCACCCGCAAAUCCGGGGAACAACUUGACAGCGCAAAUGUUACAUCUUCCGAUGCAGCCAAGCUUUACAUUGAUUCCUAUUUCAGUCAGAUCCACCCGGUCCAUCCAUUCUUGGAUCGCCAAACUUUCGAGACCAGAUCCUUCAAAUCCGGCCUGGCAGCUGAUUUAGCCACUGAUGUUUCUUGGUCGGCGUUAUAUCAUGCUGUCCUUGCUCUGGGGUGUCAAUAUCACGGAGGAGCUGCGUUCGAACCCAGGAAAGGGGAGUCCUGGAAGUUCUAUCGCAUAGCUUUAGGUCUUUUCCCGGAGAUACUGGUCGGGAAGAAGACUCUUGUCACUGCACAGGCUAUUGUGGCCCUAAACUUCUCUUAUAUGCAUAUAGAUGAGCUUUUGAUUGGAGAAGCAGCUCGAACAGCACAGGAGAUUGGCCUGAACCAGGCUUCAACUUUGCCAGAAAGUACCGUCCGACAUCAGACGUUCUGGGUGAUAUAUGCGCUUGAGAAACUACUGGCCUUCAACCAUGCAAAGAGCUCUGUGAUUAUGGACUCAGAUAUUGGGUGCCCCAUUCCAUCCGUUCCUGAGGCGACAUUCGGAGACUAUGACUGGCUAUUUGCUACAGCCAGUUUCGCGCGUCUACUGUCACGAGCUUAUGAAGGCCUCUUUUCAAUCUCUGCUACCCUCAACACCCAGGAAGCGUACUAUGAAAAAUUGGACGCGAUUACGGAUUUACUUGAACGAUGGCGCCUGUCUAUCCCUCUUGCCUUUCGACCCGGAGAAGCAUUCCAUGCUCGAUCAUUCAGGAGCUCGUGUGAGACCCUCGUCGCAUUGACAACACAUUUCUACUAUCAUGAUGCCUCAAUCUCCCUAUGCCGUCUGACGCUCCAUGUUGGGAAAAACCAAGAUGGACCGCGACAAAUUGAGAGCAAGACCAUUCUCAUGCGGUCAGCGAGGUCGAUCAUAGAGUUGUUGAGGCACAUUGACAUCGAACCAUAUACCCCCGUCUAUACCAUUGCACUGCUACCGCUGAGUGCACUUUUCAUUCUUUUCGAUCUUGUUAUCCACAAUCCCAGCCAUCCCGAAACCUCCGGCAAUCUGGCGCUGCUAGAAGUGGCUGCCGGUCACUUUAGUAGACUGGAGUAUGUCAGCGGGGGUACUCUACCAAGUUCUAUACUUGCUGAAUUCGCUUACCUUGCUCGGAAUUAUGUCCGUACCCAUGGGUGUCAACCUGGAAGUGACGGAGCUCCCCCGUCAGGACUCAUCUCCCAAAAUGAUUGGUUGGCAGACAACUCCGCUUCCGCUGUACACGGCACCAACCAAAUCCUGGGUCCCUUACCGCCGUCAAUGGAUCUACCGCGCACGCUGCCUUUGAUGUUACCGACAUUCGACGCGUCUGCGCAUGAUGCCGACUCCGCUACAGGGUUCAACGUGAUGGAGCUUUUUGGAUCCAUGAUACAGUCUGAUUAUGAUACAUUUUUCAGCCCACCUUAG